GACUUGCCGACCAGUGUAUAGCCUUAACUUAGGGCAUUAUUGAUUCGACACCUCCUCCACCUCUUCCACUGCUACAACCCGAGCAUUCACAACGUCCACCUUGGUAUGACACCGAGGUGAGCGAGGUACACACUGGUAUCGAUAUCAUCAUUUUUCGAUAAACCACGCGUAUCGGGAAUUUCCCGCACCUCAAGAAUACUGUGGUUUACGCAGGGAAAACUUUACUUUGUGGGGUUCAUCCGUGCUUCGAAUCUAUACAGGGGGGCGAUGGGUCGAUGAUCUGCGGACAGGUUCAUCAAUUAGUACUCCGUGCUAACAAUUAACAGAUACACACGCACGAACCUCUCCUUAAGUUCUUGAUGGAUGGCAAUACAUUUGGAAUUCCGGGAUCGUGUAACGGGGAAUUUCCAGGCUAAUGAUGAAAUGGCCGUUCCAAGGAUAGGGUUGGAAAGAGAUGUCUUAAAGCCCGGAUGCCCAUAAAUCUUUCUCUGUGCAUCGCGUGUUCCCCUGGCGCUUUGCUUUAAUGUUGGGAUGCAUAUGAAGAUCUUACAUUCAGUAUCGAUAAUAACAUGUAAGAUAACGGAUAAUCAGAAUUUCUUUCGGAAUGGCGGACAGUGAUGCAUGGCAGCUAUAUGUAGCUGUGUGUGUUUGUUACCCUUUGGCAUUUAUCGGGGUGACAUUAAGAACUUAUGUCAGGUACUUCAUACAGAAAUUCAUGGGAUGGGAUGAUUGGUUGAUGAUAGUCAGUUUGGCCGUUUAUACCAUGUACACGAGUUUUGUUUUAACAGGAUUACACUAUGGAACCGGACGACAUCAGGUAGAUUUGGAGGAAAACAAUUUCCUACGGGCAACCAGAUAUUGGUAUUUCGGUGAAUGGUCCUAUGUCGUGGCGAUGACUAUAAUAAAAACUGCCAUUGCCCUUUUCUACCUCCGAAUUAUGGUUAUUCCCUGGCAUCGAGUCGCUGUAAAAGUCAUUAUGUGGAUUGUGAUACUCUUCGGCUUCGUAUAUUUCUGGUGCGUGGUUAUACAGUGCUGGCCUAUACCUUACAUUUGGGAACGAUACGCCACGACUCUUGACAGAAGUACGGAAAAUUGUUUGCCUAGAGGAAUUGUUUUGGGUGGAACGUAUUUGCAUAGCAUUAUAAGUGCUGGAAGUGAUUGGGCAUUAGCUUUACUGCCGAUUGUCAUGUUGUGGAAUGUGCAGAUGCCAACUGGUAUAAAGCUUAUUGUCGGGGGAAUUGUCGCGUGUGGUAUUGUUGCUAGUACAGCAACCAUCAUUCGCAUUCCCACCGUUUCAACUAUAUUGGAUCAUGAUGAUUUCCUCUUUAAAAGCAUCCCCCUAGCCGUUUGGUCGACCGUUGAACCUGGAAUGGCUAUAUUUGCCGCAUCUCUCGCUACUCUCCGACCACUACUUCGAAGAAUCUUCCCCAAUAAUUUCCGAAACGGGGCAAUUCCAUCACUACCAUCAUUGAGAAUUCCCACAAAUCGGGCGAGGAAAGUAGAACCGUCAGAUGAUGUCGAGAUGGGAAUUAACACGGCAUGCUACAGCGAGCCAAGACCUGGACAGAAUGCAGAAGGAAGCCUGGAGACUAUAAAAAUUCAUUUGGAUGACCGGAUUGAGGUCGAUAGAAGUGCAAGUAAAUCAAUGGAAAUUCACGAGGAGUCUCCAAGUCUUGAUUCGAGUUCAGAAGAGAGUCAUGAUUCGAGAUCACAAGGGAGUGGUGACGAAAUGAUGGAAUUGUCGCAUACUUCUCGGCGAGCAUCUCUACGUAUCGCACCAUUAGUUUUCUCUCCAACAUGUCUCUCGCACACGAUUCCUUCGCCAUCAACACUUUCACCUUCACAUGUCGCGUCGUGUAUGAGGGACAGUCAGUACAAUAGGAAUUCGAAGGUGGUCGUACCGUCUUUGCCUGUUUGAAGCUAUUUCGAAAUAUCUACACAAUCAAAAACAUAAAAGCGGAGUCUGAGUAAAUUGUUGCACUCAGUUAUACACCAAUCAAUGUGAUCUAGGACCGAUGUCUAGAUAUCGGAGAUGAGAUGAAACAUCAGGCGGGUCCCAAAUCAAUCGAAAGACACUCCGACGAGGUCCCAAAUGCUGGCUUGUGAUACCUCUAAUCCUUAGAGACACAACAAGGAUGGUAAACUUAAAUUGAGAAUCAAAGGUGAAAAUGCAAGAGGGGCACACAAGAGCAGAAUUCCGUCUUUCACAAAUCGCAGAUGAAUCAAUGAGAGACCCUUUCUGCAGCACUCCAAUCACUAUCUGUGGAUUUCAUGGUGACGUUCUGAUUUACCUCUCGCAAAAUCUUAGAAGAGCACAUCGAUAUUCUUGCGUCAUUUCGGUUUGAAAGACAAUAGAAUCAGACUGACAAAUCGAUCCUGCACCUUGGACAUGGCCAAUACGGGUUGGGAUGGAGGAUGAUGUAAACGCAAUAGGUUGAAGAGAGAAAGAGCAUGGUUAAUGGGGCUUAAUGAUGCAAUGAAAAGCGUUCGGAGUAAGAAAAGAACACACAUAAGGCAUGAUGUUGGGAUAUUGUCAGAAUCUCGCCGCUUGAGCUUCGGUCCUCUGGGUUGAGGUUGAAACGGCAAGAGCCGAGGCCUGAACCUCUUUAAUGGUUGAUGGUUACAUCUGUAUCAAGAUACUAAGUAUAGAUAACAUGAGAGUAUUUAAUCAGAUUACUUCCGAGGAAGACACUGUAACUUGUUAUGAUACAAGAUCGUUGGCGGUGCUGCCAACCCCGCAUACACCAACUGUGC